UUGACAUUCUUUCGGCGAACGUCAACAUGGCCAAUGUUGAACCUGACUACGAGCAAAAGGGGGAGCAUGGCGAGACUAAAGUCAAGAUCAUCUGCCUGGGGGACAGUGCAGUGGGAAAAUCCAAAUUGGUGGAGCGGUUUUUGAUGGAUGGAUAUAAACCUCAACAACUGUCAACAUAUGCACUGACAUUAUUCAACUACCAGACAGAGCAAGGGGAUGAGAAGGUUUCAGUGGAUUUCUGGGAUACAGCGGGCCAGGAACGUUUCAAUAACAUGCAUCCAUCGUACUACCACAAUGCACAUGCAUGUAUAUUGGUGUUCGACACAACUAGAAAAGUCACUUACAAAAAUUUGCCGAACUGGUUAAAGGAACUGAGAGAAUAUCGUCCCGAGAUUCCUUGUCUAUGUUGUGGAAAUAAGAUUGAUGUGGACUAUUCAAUAACAAAGAAAGCUUUUACAUUCCCAAAGAAACAUGGCAUGCCAUUUUACUUUGUAUCAGCUUCGGAUGGAACCAAUGUCGUCAAGUUAUUUAAAGAUGCCAUACGAGCAGCAGUAGCCUACAAAAACAAUUCCACAGACUUCAUGGAUGAAAUCAUGAGGGAACUUGAAAAUUUUGAGUUAGAAACAGACAAUACAACAACAGAUAGUGCUAUAAACUCAGCUAGUAACAGUGGGGACAAAAAGGAGGCCGACUCCAGCUGAGAGUGACCUCCCCUUAGAUAAUGACAAAUACAUUCUAAUUUAUUCUGACCACUUCUGGGCUCUGUACAGCAUGGAUCCACGGUGAGGGACGGCCCUGCACGGAUCCAGCGAGGGUCGUAACUGACCAUCGAUGAUGUCAUCUAUCGCGGACAUUGUAGUGCUAGUGAUACAUAGAACAGGUGGAGACUUCUUCUCUUUUUGUUUCAACUGCAGUUAAAAAAAAAAAGAAAUCGGACACCAUUUAGAGAAAUUUGUUCACAGAGGUUCACAUUGAGACAGAUCGAGACUCACAGGGGAUUAAAUUCAACAGUCUCAAGUUUUGAAUGGUUGUGGGAGUGUAGGAAAUUUAUUGACUUUUUCACAAAAAUUUCUUGGAUUGGGAGCACAUGAUCUGAUGUGAAUGAUUUCAGCUCUAGAGUUUCUUUGUAGCAAUUUUUGUUUGAGGUUUUUACAGAAUAAUGUUUAUGUUUAUAUUAGUAAUUUCUUCUUUUUUUGUCUUGGAUGAUACAUUUCAAAGAGAUUUAUAAUGUGCUGAGUACUUUUUUUUUAAGAAUGGCAUGUUUUGUCUAUUUAAAAAAAUUUCUGCACAUAUCAUGUUUAUAAUAUAGACUAAAUUCUUGUUCAUUGUGUUUCAUUUUUAACGUAUUCAUACAAAGAAAGUUUUGAGGGAGAAUUCAUUGUCUAUCUCAGUAGGUCAGUCAGAAUACUCCCAGUCUUGCCAAUAAGAAAAAGUUGUAGAUUAAAUUGCUUUUACAUCUUCAAUGUACAUGUAUAGAAUAGAAUCUCUGAUUAUAAAUAGCACUCUUGUUAUAUUUUCUCAAAUUGCCUUAUAUGUAGAUAUAUGAUAGAUGGUGAAUUGCCACUGGUGCAACUAUAAUAAUGUCAUUCGUAUUUUAGCUAACGUGAAGAUGUAUUAGGAUACCUUACAAAGAUUUCUAUCGAUAAAUGAAUUGUUUUCUAUACAUUAUAAUGAUAACUGAUUAUUCAGAAAUUGAGAUUUUUUUUUAUAUUCAAACGAACUAUGAACAGGUAAAAAAAAGUUGGCUAUAAUCCAAAUCAAAAACCAAGUAUACAGAAUAAUAAUUCAUGUAUAAAUAUAGAUACUAUUGAGUUGUAAUUGAAUACAAGAAAUCAAAGGAAUAUUAUUAUAAAAUUGCAAGAAGCACACAUAUCAGAUUUAUUUUUCUGACUGUUGUGAACUAUAUGAAACUAAAAAUUUGGUAUUCGCAAUUUCACAUGUUCUUGCAAUUUGAUGCAAUACACAGGAAUUGCAGAAUAAAGUAUUCGCACAAAAUAGGAAUCUACCCACAUAAAAACGAGGGCUUGCUUGAACACACCUAAGGAAAGCAAACACACGAAUAUGUAUUGCCUCAUGUAUUGAAGUAACCAUAACUGUGCUGUUUUCUGUUGGCUUAAAUUUAUGAUUGUGUAAUUUAUGCAUGAUUGAACUGCCAAACUUGGAAUAAGCUAUUGUGAUUCCACUCUUUUAUCACAUUACAUUGAAUUUAUUUUUUUUUUUACAAUUCAAGCUUAUGUUUUGGUAUACCAUGUGAUAAGCUGCAUGUUUAGUUAUAAAAACUUUUGAAGUUUAGUUUAUAAAUAAUGUUCUUCAAAGCUAGUGUUAAUUUCUGUAAUAGAAUGUGAAUAUAUUUUUUCGUGUACCAGGUAUCAGAAUAUAACCAGCAGUGGUUUUUAUGUACGCAUUAGAUACAUAUUUUAUAAACAUUCUUUUGUAAUGAAACGCCUUUUCUGCAUUUAAAAUAUAAGGUUUUUGAAGAAAAAACCAAUUUUGGUUUACUGAAUUUGAUUCAGUUCAAUGUGUUUCAAUUUAAACUCGCUUUAUUAAAGAUGCCAUUUACUUUCUUUUUUAGAUUUUUGAUUUUGUUAACAAUGUCCGUCCUCAAUCAAUAAAAAUAUCAUCUGCAUAUCAAGAGUAACAACUAGUUGUUUACAUUUUUUACAUUGAUGAGUGAUUUGGCAAU